CCGGGCUCUGCCGGCGGCCCCGGCCGGCCCCGCAUCGGGAUGCAUGAAAGCCAAGGAUCAGCUGAGCCCUGGGGCUGAUGCUUGCCCACAUUGCUGAGCCCCAGUGUGGCGCCAGGACAAAGGUUAAGCCAGGGCUGGCCUGCACAGUGAUCCUGAUGUCAGUUCUGAGCCACUCACUCAAGGCUGUGAUAACCAGGUCUUUCAGCUGACCUCAUUCGUCUUGAGAGCACCAGCUGUGUUUUCCUGGCACAACCCCUCAGACAAGAUCUGACCUUGCCUAGCAACAGGCCUCCCUUGGCACCAUGGCUUCUGCAGAGCCCCUGACGGCGCUGUCCCGCUGGUACCUGUAUGCUAUCCAUGGCUACUUCUGCGAGGUGAUGUUCACCGCGGCCUGGGAGUUCGUGGUGAAUUUUAACUGGAAGUUCCCUGGCGUCACGAGUGUCUGGGCCCUGUUCAUCUACGGCACCUCCAUCCUCAUCGUGGAGCGCAUGUAUCUGCGCCUGCGCGCACGCUGCCCGCUGCUGCUGCGCUGCCUCAUCUACACGCUCUGGACCUACCUGUGGGAGUUCACCACAGGCCUCAUCCUGCGCCAGUUCAACGCCUGCCCUUGGGACUACUCCCAGUUCGACUUUGACUUCAUGGGCCUCAUCACCCUGGAAUACGCCGUGCCCUGGUUCUGUGGGGCCCUCAUCAUGGAGCAGUUCAUCAUUCGCAACACCCUCCGCCUGCGCUUUGACAAGGAUGCUGAGCCUGGAGACUCCAGUGGCCCCCCAGCCCUGGCCAAUGGCCACAUCAAGACUGACUGA